AUGCCCAAGUUGACUCGGUUUCGCGACUUCGCCCAAAGAAUAUCCGCCUUAGUGACGCGUCCUCAUGAUUCGGGCUCCCGCCCCACGCCAACAGACGGCGCGAGACUAUUGUUCUCCUCUGGCGGCCGGAAUGGGUCAAUCAACUGGACCAAUCGGGUCCGGCGUGGGACCAAGCCACUAUUAUCUCCUGCGCUUUUAACUGCUUCGACCGUGGUGGGUUGUACCGUCUUCGCAGUGUCCAUCGUGACCUGGUCGCCAGUAGCAUAUGCUGAAGUGCCUGCUGCACCGCCCAAGCGGUGGAUUCGCCUGGACGAGGUGAAACAGCAUGGCAGAAACGCCGAGCGGAAAUGGGUCAUCAAGGGCACUCGUGUGUUUGACAUCACGGAUUGGAUAGCAGCACACCCUGGUGGUCCCGUCAUUCUGCAUGCCAUCGGCGGUUCAAUCGAUCCGUACUGGAACAUAUUCACCAUCCAUCAGAAGCAAGACGUGUAUGAUGUGCUUGAAGAAUACUUCAUUGGUGACAUCGACCCACGAGACCUGAUCGAUGGCAAGGUCGCCGAAAGCGACGUCGAAGAUCCCUUUGUGAAUGAUCCCGUCCGACAUCCCCGGUUGCUGCAGCACACCCAGAAGCCUUGUAACGCGGAGGCACCCGCGGGAUCUCUCGAGUCUUACAUCACCGCGAACGACACCUUCUACGUGCGCAAUCAUUUGUGGGUUCCUGAGCUGGACGAAAAGACCCACACCUUAACUGUCGAGCUCCCCGAUGGGACCGAAAAGGAAUACACCCUUCGCGACCUUAAAAGCAAAUUUGAACCCUUCACCAUCACCGCGACCUUGCAAUGUGCGGGAAACCGCCGGAAGCACAUGACUGCGGCGGCAAGACCUGCCAUUGGCCUCCAGUGGGAUGUAGGCGCCAUCUCAAACGCCCAGUGGACGGGUGUCCGUCUGAGGGACAUUCUCCGGGACGCCGGAUACCCUGUCGAUGACGGCGAGUCCGAGGAAGCCAAGCACGUCCACUUUGUCGCCGCCGAAGCAUACGGCGCUUCGAUCCCCAUUGAAAAGGCUCUCGAUCCCAGAGGCGAUGUCAUGCUCGCAUAUGGAAUGAACGGCAAACCCCUGCCUCCUGAUCAUGGCUACCCUCUGCGAGCACUGGUGCCCGGUAACACGGCGGCGAGAAGUGUCAAAUGGAUUGAGAAGAUCGUCCUUGCCGAAGAGGAGAGUCACUCGCAGUGGCAAAGGCGGGACUAUAAAUGUUUCUGUCCCAGUCAGACUGCCAAGGACGUCGACUGGUCGUCGGCGCCCGCUAUCCAGGAAACACCCGUGCAAAGCGCCAUCACAUCGAUAACAGAGAUAUCCGGAAGUUCUCGCCAUGGUCGGAAGUCGUUGCAGAGGUACGGCUUGAAUGAAGAUGCCGUUCAUGUCAAAGGAUAUGCAUUCAGUGGAGGUGGCCGAGACAUUGUUCGGGUCGAUGUCAGCCCUGAUGGCGGCAAGUCCUGGCAACCAGCGCUUCUCCUCCCGGAUGUGUCGAAAGGCCACAAAGCAUGGUCAUGGAAACAGUGGGAGUUGGUGGUACCCAAGCGCCUCGCUGGGAAGCAAUUUGCCGUCAAGGCCGUCGACGAGGCCUAUAAUUCUCAACCAGAAUCAUACGAGGCGCAGUUCAACUUUCGAGGGAAUCUCACCACCGCUUGGCACAAGGUUGACUAUCCUCGUACGAGCGGCGAGCCCUCAAGAUAA